AUGAGAUUUACUAUUGGGACGGAUAUUAACAAAAAAUUUCAAACUAUAAAUCAAUACCCCAUCAACAUACCUUCUGUGCCAAGAUGUUAUUGUAAAAGACCAAUUGUAUUGACAAGAAUUACUACACCUGGUAAUAUUGGAAGAUGGUAUAUGGCUUGUGCAAGUUAUCACGUUAGUGUACCGGGAGCAAAGCCUAAAUGUUCAUUUUUUAAGUGGGCUGAUGAAGUUUUAUAUGAUAAAAAUGACCAAUGUUUUCAUGAUGAUUUUUACAAAUUUGAACAAGUAUUUAUUAGGGAACCAACUUAUCAAAAUUGGCGAAAAAGAUUGGUUUGUAAUAUAAAACAAGAAAUAGAUGAGAUUAUAGCAAAUGACAAUGUUAAUUACUCUCCUCCUCCCCCACACCCUUACCAUUAUUCUCAUCAAUAUUCACAACAAUAUCCAAAUCAUUCAAUUCACCCAAGACAGUAUUAUUUAGCAUCUAAUACUACAAGUCCACCCACAAUCACAACUGCUUCUGCUACUGCUGCUAAUAAAAGCAAUAGUAGCAGUAGCAAUACACCCACUUCACCUAAUCUUGGUAGUGGAACAAGUAGCAUAUCUUCAAUAACAAAUCUUACAUCAAUAAAUAGUAGCAAUAGAAGUAACAAUAAUAACAACAAAAAUAUUGCAGCUUCCUGUGUCACAUUAAUGAUUUCUUCACAUAUAUCAUGCCAACCUUCAUCUUCUUUCAUCUUCUCUUUUAACAUCAAAGUUCGUGGUAGAAGAUCAAGUCCAAGACCAAAAAAAUCACCAUCCUCAUCACCAAUCAAUAAUAAUGAUGUUGCUGUUCCAUUAUUGCCAGGAAAAAAUAUCCCUAACAGUAAUUUUAGUGGUAAUAAAAGAUCAAUAAAAGUGGUUUGUCAAAUACUUCCAUUCACAGAAGUAUUAAAAAAUGAUUUAGAAUAUUCUAUAAAGUUACUUUCAUCGGUUAUCUUACAAAACGAAUCAGAUAUUCGUCUUCAACUUGAUGCUCAUAUAAAUAUUCCAAUUGACGAAUUUGCCGAAUCUAAUACAACAACUUCUCAAAAUAUUUUAGCACAUUAUGAUUCCACCACUUUAUUGGGCAAUCAUAUGAUAAAUCAAUAUCUUGAUGUUUCUAGACUUAGCACUGCAACUGCAAUUUUUCUAAUGGGAGCUUUUGAUGCAUCGCGUAAUCUUCGAAGUAGGAUUUAUUUGGGAAUGGCUACAACGUUUUCUAUAACAAUGAAAUUGCAUGAUAAAAAUGCGUUGGAAAAUUUAUCAAAUAAUAAAAAAGAAGCAAGAAUGCGCUUAUGGUGGUCAAUUUCGUUGUUCAACCAUUUACAAAGCUUAACGUUUAACAAUACAAUGUUGGGAUUAGAUGAUAAGCAUAGCUCAAUUGAAUAUCCAAACCCCAGCAUUGAGAACAAUGAAAAAGAAUCUAGGAUUAUUGAAUACUUUGUUAAUUAUGUAAAAAUUACAAAAAUAUUGUAUGAAAUUCUUGAAUUUUCGUUAAGUGAGGAAAAAGAUAUUGAUUGGAAAAAAAAUUUACCAAAUUAUUUACAGUUAAGAAUUAUCAAGCAACCUAUCAUGAUCACCAAAGAAAUAACAAUAGAAUAUUUAGAAGUGUAUUUAUGCAUUGUUUUCAAUUACGCAAUUAUUAGAUUACAUCAUACAAACAUAUAUUCAACAGAUAGUUUACAGAAAUGUAUGGAUGCAGCUAAUGAAAUCAUUGAAUUGGUAAACAAUAAUAGAAAUGUUAUUUCCAUGAUGAUGAACUGUGAACAUAGCAGUAGCAAUACACCCACUUCACCUAAUCUUGGUAGUGGAACAAGUAGCAUAUCUUCAAUAACAAAUCUUACAUCAAUAAAUAGUAGCAAUAGCAGUAAUAAUAAUAACAACAACAAUAACAAUAAUUCAAUUGGUGCUUUAAUGGGAAGUCACAAUGAAAUUCCAAUUUCAAAUAUAAAUAAUUUAACAGGAAUUGGUCAACAACAUCAUUAUAAUUCAAAUAAUAAUCAUAAUAACAAUAACAAUAG